AUGGUCGGCGGCGGCGGCGAUUCCGGCGGCUUCUACGAUGCGGCCCUGACGCGCCGGCAGGCCCUCAUGGGCGCCAGCGGUGCGCGUGCGCUGCUCAAGAACUUCCGUGUCUUUGCGAUUGCGGCGUUUGCCUGCAUUGGCGGUGUCCUGUACGGCUACAACCAGGGCAUGUUCUCGGGCGUUCUCGCCAUGCCCGCGUUCCAGCAGCACAUGGGCGAAUAUGACCCGUUUGACCCGAAUGCGGACCAGACCAAGAAGGGCUGGCUGACGUCUAUCCUCGAGCUGGGCGCCUGGGUCGGCACGCUGCUGUCCGGCUUCCUGGCGGAGACGCUGUCGCGCAAAUACGGCAUCCUGGUGGCGUGCUCCGUGUUCAUGCUGGGCGUCGUCAUCCAGGUCACGGGCAUCAAGGCCGGCUACCAGUCGAUCCUGGCGGGCCGCUUCAUCACGGGUAUGGGCGUCGGCAGCAUGGCCAUGAUUGUCCCCAUCUACAACUCCGAGGUCGCGCCGCCCGAGGUGCGCGGCGCCCUCGUCGCCACGCAGCAGCUGGCCAUCACGUUCGGCAUCAUGAUCAGCUUUUGGAUCGACUACGGGACGAACCACAUCGGCGGCACGGAGCUGGGCCACCAGACGGACGCGGCGUGGCUGGUGCCGAUUUGCCUGCAGCUGGCGCCGGCGCUGGUGCUGUUCAUCGGGAUGCUCUUCAUGCCCUUCAGCCCCCGUUGGCUCGUGCACCAUGGCCGCGAAGACGAGGCGCGCAAGGUGCUGUCGAACCUGCGCGGGCUGCCGGCGGACCACGAGCUGGUGGAGCUCGAGUUCCUCGAGAUCAAGGCGCAGUCGCAGUUUGAGAAGCGCACCGUCGCCGAGCACUUCCCCCACCUGCGGCAGCCGACGGCCUGGAACACGUUCAAGCUGGAGUUUGUGGCCGUCGCCGCGCUCUUCAAGACCAAGAGCAUGCUCAAGCGUGUGGCCGUGGCGACCAUUACCAUGUUCUUCCAGCAGUGGACGGGUAUCAACGCUGUUUUGUACUACGCCCCUACCAUCUUCCAGCAGCUCGGCCUCAGCGGCACCACGACGUCCCUCCUGGCCACCGGCGUCGUCGGCAUCGUCAUGUUCGUCGCCACCAUUCCCAGCGUGCUCUGGAUCGACCGCAUCGGCCGCAAGCCGGUCCUCACCAUCGGCGCCAUCGGCAUGGCCACCUGCCACAUCAUCAUUGCUGUCAUUGUCGCCAAGGACGACAACCGCUGGAAGACCGAGGCGGGCGCCGGCUGGGCGGCCGUCGUCAUGGUCUGGCUGUUUGUCAUCCACUUUGGCUACUCCUGGGGCCCCUGCGCCUGGAUCAUCGUCGCCGAGAUCUGGCCGCUGUCGUCGCGUCCGUACGGCGUGUCGCUCGGUGCGUCCAGCAACUGGAUGAACAACUUCAUUGUCGGCCAGGUUACGCCGGACAUGCUGACGGGCAUCACCUACGGCACCUACAUCCUGUUUGGCCUUCUGACGUACAUGGGCGCGGCCUUUGUCUGGUUCUUUGUGCCCGAGACGAAGCGCCUGACGCUCGAGGAGAUGGACAUCAUCUUCGGCUCCGAGGGCACGUCGCAGGCCGACUUUGAGCGCAUGGAGGAGAUCAACCGGGAGAUUGGCCUCACGGCGAUUCUCCACAACGGCAGCCCGGGCGAGGCAGCCGUCAAGUCCACCGAGCCCGGCCCAGCCGUGGUGUCUGAGAAGGAGGAUGCGGCGACAUAUGCAUAG